GGCUUGGCCCUCGACCAAGGGCUGUCAAUGAGCUCGAUGGGACCGCUCUCACCGCCGGAUAUGAAACCGGAUCCUGCGCUACUGAACGGCGGCUUUUCGCCCGGCAGAAACACGGCCACGGGCGCCCAAACGAAAUCACCAUACCCUCCAAAUCAUCCUUUGAGCGGGUCAAAACAUCUGUGCUCCAUAUGCGGAGAUAGGGCUUCCGGAAAGCAUUAUGGUGUUUACAGUUGCGAAGGUUGUAAGGGAUUUUUCAAACGGACGGUACGAAAAGAUCUGACGUAUGCCUGUCGAGAGGAUAGAAAUUGUUUGAUCGACAAAAGGCAGAGAAAUCGAUGUCAGUUCUGUCGAUAUCAGAAAUGUCUCGCCUGUGGAAUGAAACGAGAAGCCGUGCAGGAAGAACGACAACGAGGAGCAAAGAAUAAUGAAGAAAGCAACCCGACAAGUUCUGUUCGUGAUUUAACGGUAAAAGAAUUAGAAGCAGAACAAAGGAGUGAAACUCGAAAUGUUGCGACGGACCCGGAAUUGUCGAUACAAUAUUUGCGAGUAGGACCUUCAUCCAUGGUGCCUCCUAGAUACAAGGGCCCUGUAUCCAGUCUGUGUCAGCAAGCAAAUAAACAGUUAUAUCAGUUAGUACAAUACGCAAGGUGCAUGCCGCAUUUUAGUGCUUUACAAUUAGAGGAUCAAGUAACGUUACUCAGAGCAGCCUGGAAUGAAUUACUUAUAGCAUCUAUAGCCUGGAGAAGUAUUGAGUAUCUAGAAUCCGAUGCAGAAACAAGUACGUCCAGUAUGUCUAGUGAUACUUCAACAAGGAGACGCGCUCCACCAGGACCGCCUGAAUUAAUGUGUUUCUUUCCUGGUAUGACGUUACAUCGGAAUAGUGCAAUCCAGGCCGGCGUCGGACCUAUUUUCGAUCGGGUACUGUCAGAAUUAAGUGUCAAAUGA